AUGGCUACCAUCCUUGCUCCAUACAACACUGCCAUGCGCCUGGGCACGGGCUUCAACUCUUUCACUCAGCAGCUCUGCAUCGACAAUGCUGUCGUUCGCGAUGAAAAUGCAGCAGUCGCCUUGGAGAUCGAGCUGAAGGAGAGGGAUAUUCCCCAGGAGGUUACAUACAAAACGUCUAUUGUUGACAAGGUCACUGAUGUAACCAGUGCGAUGAAUGUCGCGGCAUUCCUCAUCAAGUAUGACAACUUCGAUGCCAAGGGCAAGGGCUCCUUCCUGAACACAUCCAAGGUCAAGGAGAGCGAUGUCAGUUUUAUGAUCUCCGUAAAGGUCGUCAACCAGGUCAUCCAAGAUCACUCUUUGACUCAAUUCAACCCUAUCUCGGGACUUAAGGGCCAGAACUUCACCGAGGUCUAUGGUGACUCUUUCAUUUCUGGCUUCCAAUACGGCGGUGAAUUUACUGCUGUCAUCUCCGUGAAGGCCAAGGAGAAGGAAGAUUCCGAGGAUAUCAAGGCCAGGGCUCGCAUCCUCUUCACCAAGGAUAAGGGCAGCCUUGACAUCAACGGCAAGUUUAGCAAGGAGAGUGAGAGCUUCUUUACAGAGAACGAAACCACCAUUUCAGUCACCUACACCGGAGGUGGUCAGCACCUGAAAGAGCGUAAGAGCAACCUACAUUUUACCCAACUAAUCUCAUCUGUACUUACACAAACUAUAGGUGACGAUGACUGGACCUUCGAAACCAUGAAGGCCGCAGCCCUUAGAUUCCCCUACCUCGUAGCAGCAACACCCAUGCGAACCCACGCAAUCUUAACCAAGUACUCAUCUCUACGCAGCUACUACGCCGGCAGCGUACCAACUAGCCUCCCCAGCUUCGAGCACGCCGGAGUCUACACAGCCCUCCUACAGGAAGCCUAUCUCGAUUACAAGACUGUGGCCAAGAACCUUCAGGUCCUUGCAUACGAUGUGUCCGCCGGUACCCAAACCCUCAAGGUCUCGCCAGCGGAAAGUGAAAAGAGCACCGGCAUCGAUGUCACAGACAAGGAUUCUACCAGUGGCAGUGACGAUGACAGCAUGGUUCCUGUUGCUAAGCCGGUUUCUGGAUCUAUCAAGGAUAAUUACUCAUUGCCUCCUUUGAUUGUCAAGCGGCCGUAUCAUCCCUCGUUGCAGGGUGUCGAAGCUGCUCGGGCUAUGGUCCGCUUGAUGCUUAACCGGAUUGUUCAGGAGGUUGAUCUUAUUGCUAAGAUGCCUGAGCUUGCUUCGAGGGAGGAUCGGCCGUUGCCUUAUAUGAGUCCUUUCUUGUUUAAGGAGUUCUUGCCGGUCGGUGAAUUGGUUACCAAGACUGUUCCAGUUCCAGAUGCUACUGGCCCUAUCGAAGAGGUUCCUUCGAUCAAGCAGCAGAUUUCCGGUGGGAGAAUCUUUGCCUAA